GUGUCAAGCAUAUACCCUGUGCAGCACACGCUCUUAUUGAUGCUCGGCCUAGCCCGAUAACCGCGAAGCUAAGUUAAAUAAACACAAUCCGCGUGCCUCCAGCUUUUGCAAAAACUACUGCUGAUAACGCCGAUAAUCACCGACGGACAUGGCGUUCUUAGCGCGCAGUCUCGCCCGGAUGUCACUACGAUUGUCCGGUGCUGUGCCUCACGACCAUAAACUGCUGCAUACCUGUCGAGUACUGGCAUCCGCUAAGGUACAGCAACCGGCCCCUCCGUUCCAGGGAACCGCCGUAGUGGAUAACGAUUUCAAACUCAUCCAGCUCAAGGAUUACCAGGGAAAAUAUUUAGUGCUGUUUUUCUACCCCUUAGAUUUCACAUUUGUCUGCCCGACGGAGAUCGUAGCAUUUAGCGACCGCAUACAGGAGUUCAAGGCCCUCAAUACCGAGGUAGUUGGUGUUUCGGUCGAUUCGCAUUUUUCCCAUCUCGCGUGGAUCAACAGUCCGCGCAAAGCCGGUGGGCUAGGCAAACUCAACUACCCGUUGCUCUCGGACCUGUCGAAAAAAAUCUCAGCCGACUAUGGCGUGCUGCUGGAUGAGGGGAUCUCUCUUCGCGGUUUGUUCAUCAUCGACCCCAAAGGUGUCGUGCGCCAGGUCACCAUCAACGACCUGCCUGUCGGGCGAUCGGUGGACGAAACGCUGCGGCUUAUUAAGGCCUUUCAAUUUGUAGAAAAGCACGGUGAGGUGUGCCCAGCUGACUGGGAACCAGACAAGAAUGCUGCUACAAUCAAGGCAAAUCCGACCGAAGCACGUGAAUAUUUCGAAAAGCACGCCAAGUAGCCGCAGCCUCCUAUGGUGGUUCAUUGUCUUCUACCUGGGAAGAAAUAAAGUAAUGAUAGCAAGCAUGCGUGAAUUCAACAUUCAA